AGAUUAGUUGUAAAAAGAACUUUUUGGUUUCUAACUUACGUUUGAAUUCAGGAUAUGAAAUAAUGAUGACCGUUGAGCAUCAGGGACGGCAGGACAUGAGGCAUGUUCCAACCACUCCGGAGGAGCUGAAGCGCAGAGCGAUAAUACAGAAGAACGAUCUGAUCCUGCAUGAAGCAGUCAUCAAGAACGAGACGGAUGUAGUACGAAUGAUUCUCAAAGAACCAAUAGAUAUAAACAGCAGGAACAACUAUGGCAGAGCUCCAAUGCAUUGGGCCGCUUCUCGUGGAAAUCUGGAGAUCAUGGAGAUGCUCAUCGCGGCUAAUUGUGAUAUAGAAGCCAGAGAUAAGAAUGGAAUGCGACCGCUUCUGAUGGCCGCGACCCACGGACAUCGGGACGCCGUCGAACUCUUAAUUAACACCGGAGCUUGCACAAAGGCUACCAGCAAGAAACAACACACGAUCUUGAUAUGUGCCGCUAAGAACAACAGACAGUGCGUAAUAGAUUUCCUUCUGCAAACGCUGGAGGAUAUUGACAUUGAUGCUUCCGACUUUGAAGGACAGACGGCGCUUUUUCACGCAGCAAUGGAAGGACACGCGGUCGUCGUGAGAAAGCUCGUCGAGAACGGAGCUUCUUUGGAUAAGAGGAACAAGGAAAGCAGGAUGCCUUUGCACGUGGCCUGCGAGAAGGGUCACGUCGCCGUCUCCGAAUACCUCUUAGCACACGAAGCGGACAUGGAAGCUGCAGAUACUUCCGGUAACAAUCCGUUACACAUAGCCGCGCAGAACCAGCAGACUAAAUUAGUGCAGAUUUUGUUGGAGUGCGGAGCGGAUCCGGACGCUGAGAAUUCUAAAGGUUCGACUCCGAUGCACAUAGCUUGUAACCUUGGUAGCAUUGGUAUCCUGGACCUUCUCUUACAUCACGGAGCUUCGCUGAAUAAACAAAACAAGAUUGGAAGUACGCCAUUGCAUUUGGCCUGUCAGUCGAACGUUGUGGAUACUGUGGAGAUCUUGAUAUCGAAAGGGGCUGAUUUGAAUUGCUUAAACGAGCGGCUGCAAUCGCCGAUGCACAUCGCUGCAGAAAUGGGACACACCGAUAUCUGCAAACUUCUUCUAGCUGCUGGGGCGAACAUCGAGCAGAGGGAACAAGGGGGAAGAACACCCCUCUACAUCGCGGCCCGCGGCAGCUUCACAGCCAUCGUGGAUAUGAUCAUCAAGACCGCACGACUGGAUUAUCCUCAGCAAGAUGAACCCAUGAACAACGGUAAAAACGGCAAACGAAACACCAGCGGUCUUAAACCAGUCUUGAACACGGCACGACGGAAGUGGAGAUCGUCGUCGAAGGAGGAGAAUCGUUACAAGGAGAAUGAAAGGCUUCGCGACGUCCUCUACAAACUGUCUUAUAAGCAGUUGAGUCCUGGAGAGUGGAAACGUCUGGCUCAGCAUUGGGCCUUCACCGAGGAGCAGAUCAGAGCCAUAGAACAUCAAUACACAGGUCCGUCGAGUUUCAAGGAGCACGGUUUCAGGAUGACACUAAUCUGGGCGCACGGCCUCGCCUCUGACGUUAAUCCAAUUAAGGAGUUGUACGAAAGCUUAAUAGCUAUAGGGAAAAGGAACAUCGCAGAUGCGUUACGAAGGAAAUUGGAUCAGGAAAACGAGGAACGGCUGAAGGGGAGGAAGAGGAGUUGCGCCUCGUGCAGCAUCACUUAGAUCUGCCGCAAAAUCAGUUUCCUUUUUUUUAACCUAUUUGUUUCGUUUCUUCCUUCCGUCAAUUGUUUCUUCUUCCUCCUAAAAUCAAACACUCCAUGAAUAUCCAGGUCUCUUGAUUUCUCUAUACUCAAAUCGUGAGCGUGUUUGUGUGUGCAAAUAACAAAAAACAAAUGUCAAUUCUAGUCUACAUCUGCAUGAACUCCCCUCCAAAACAAACGAACAAAAUCAAAGUAAUAACCAAAUCUAUCUCUUUAGUUUUUAUUUAUAUAUGUGUACUUAACUUUUAAGUUUAAGUUUUGCCAGUUUUAACGAGAUUGUGCUUCGACGUAAACAAAUAUUUUAAUUCCUCUCAAAUUUAUCUCUUUCUAUU